AUGAUUAUCAGGCAUUAUGAAUACGAUACGUUUGUGCAAAUCUUGGUGGGAGCAAAGCUGCAACGCACUCGCGGUCCUCAGUUGCCAUGCCAUUCAAAAAAGCGAGAAGGCUGGGAUACUGUCUGGUUGUUCAACCGUAGACAGGAGGAUUCCAAAUUUAGAGAUCGCGUUCAAAGCACGGACUUUAAG